AUGGAACACCUUUCUCCCGUCGGCGCCUCGCACAUCAACAUUCCAUAUCUUGGGACCGAGUGGUUCGAGGCAGGCUGUUUGCGCGACUGCUCAGAACUGGAGAAUUUUAAGGGCUAUUUGCACCGCAAGAAUUGGGUGCUUGACCGAACGACGGCGCGCUUGGUCUUCGGGAAUCGAGGCCCAGACGAGAUUGCUGAAUUUCUCCAGACGGCAUUCUACUUUGGGUGCCUCAUAUCUGUUUUCCGGACGGUGCAGAUUCCGAUCCAAACCAGCGACUUUCUCGAAAACUGUUCCAAGACUGGGAAGAUCUUUGUUCGCACCACUCGGUUGCAGGCUCUCAUAGGCGCAUGGAUUGCGUUUGAAGAAUCCGCGCCGACGAUGAAGACCAGCUCAAAGUUUGACCGCGAGCAAACAAUCAGCGAGAUGCUCAACUACACAUCCUAUUUUCUCACCUUGUUCAGCGAGAAGAGUCAGGACAUGUCUGAGCCCCAUAAGAGUCAAAUGCACCUCAUCGAGCUGUCGAUUAUGGCCCUAGGAUCGCUAGUCAACAAGCUCUACAAGGAGCCGCACCGGUCAUCAAACCACGACAUGCUCCCGGCCACUAUCCACCAAAGCGACGACGACGAUGAUGACAACGACAUGGUGCCCUUCUGGAUAGACACGCUUUGCGUCCCGUCCUGGGAUAAAGACCUGCGCAGAAAGGCUAUCGAAAACAUGGGUAACAUUUGCCGCAGGGCAGAUCGGGUCCUUGUGCUCGACGCCCACCUCCUCUGUCUUCCUCGCUCAGCCGACAUUGUGGAAAGUCUCUACUUCCAGCUCGCAGACGGGGCUGAGUCGUUUUACGACACGAACUACGUCGAGCUGCAGCGCUUCGAUCCCAGGCUCCCGGAAAUUUUGUGUUCGCCCCUGCGGAGCCUCUGCGCCCGGGAGCUCGAGGCAUUUUAUCGGUACGAUGAAGGAAAGGCAGCUUACCGUGGCAGUGGCAGUGAGGGUGACGGCGACGGCGACGACCUCCCGGCCCGGAUGCGGUCCUGUGCAAAGUAUCUGGGAAGCCGACAUACCAGCCGAUCCGCAGACGAGCCGCUUUGCGUGGCCACAAUAUUAGGACUGAACCCUGGCAAGCUGUUGGAGACAUCAGACCGUGUCAAGCGCAUGGCCCGUUUCUACGACCUCGUCGGCUUAUUCGACCCCCGCAUCAUCUUCCACGAGCACCCGCGCCUCCCCGAAGAAGGCCAUCGCUGGGCCCCGAGCUUCUUCUUGCAGCAAACUCCCGAUAUCAUCACCUUGCGCGAGAAUUCCUUCCUUGACCUGCCACCGGUGUCUAUCAUCCCCCUCGGCGGUGGCCUGCCCGUUCAGCUGGCGGGCUUUGAUAUCAGCGGCCUCCCCGAGACGGCCACGUUGUGCCAGGCCGGCCGUUCUCCUAUAUAUUUUCGGCCAGAGACGCCCGUCCCCGUGCCUCUGCAACAGUGGUCGUGGGCACAGAAAACGGUGUGGUUUUCGUGUGCGUACACCUUAGAGCUGCUCCCGGAUGCCGACGGGAAAAUGCCGAAUAUCGGAGACUGUUCGAAAAAAAAAGAGCAAUACGCCGCCAUCUUGCCGGGGUUCCUCCAUCCGGACUACCUUCCCGCCAUUGGGGUCUUGGGACUCAUCGUCGCUGACGGAAACGGAACAAGAGAGGAGAGCAAGCUUAAUAAGAAAGACUGGACAAAGGGUAGCGGCCGGCCUGGUAACCAGAUUUCGGCUCAUUUGGUGCCGUGGAGGAUCUCUGUAGAUUACGUCUGUCGUGUGCGUGUGAGCUUGCCGCCGGCAGAAGCGAUUCCGCAAGACAUGUCUUUUGUGACCGGGAAGGCUUUUGGCUGGGAUCAAAGUUGGUGCAUUCGUUGA